GUAGUCAUUUUUACAUCUUAGGUCUUUGUUCACAGGUUCACAGGCUUCAGGGCACUGGUUGUGAGGAGGAGGAGUCCUGGGAGGCAGCGAGCCUGCUCUGCGGGGUGUGUCUGAGGCUCCUUGAGCCCAACAGCCCGAGAUUGGGUUCCCCGUGCCUCCCGGACUCCUCUCUGCUCACUGCGUCCCCGCAGCCUGACCCCAUUUCACCCUCCAGCUUUGGGGACCCGGCCUCUCAGGUCCUGCCGCCCAGGUCCCAGCGCUCAGAAUGGAUAUGAACUUUGAGGACGUGGCCAUUGUCUUCUCUCAGGAGGAAUGGGGGCUCCUUGAUGAGCCUCAGAGACUUCUCUACUGCGAUGUGAUGCUGGAUGUUUUUGCACUUGUAUCAUCUGUAGGUUGUUGGCAUAAAAUGGAUGAUGAGGAGGCCAGUUGUGAGCAGAGUGAAUAUGUACCAGGAAAGUCACAAGUCAGGGCUUUUAAGACAGCUCCAGCAACCCAGAAGACCCAUCUUUGUAAGUGCUGUUUCUCAGUGUUAAAAGAUAUUUUGAACCUGACUGAGUUACAAGCAGCAUACUUUGAGCAGAAAGCCUUCUUCACUGACACAUGUGCAAGAGACUUCAGUUUCAGUGCAAACCCUCACCAGCAACAGAGAGAUGCCAGUGGAGAGAAGCCCUGGAAAGAAGAUAUGGACAGGGCCUCAUUUGUGUCCCAGUGCAGCUUUUACUUAACAUGGCUGCCUUCAACCAUUAGGGAGGUUGGGGAAGACUUGCCAGCCUUCUCAGACAUUCUCCAGCACCAGGCCACUUUUACCACUGGGGAGCUACACAGUGGUAGUGAGAUUCCACAGGAAUUUCUCAGUGGAAGAAGUCAUGACGAGUGGGGAGAAUGUAAAAAAGCUGCCAGCCACAAUCAGAAAGUUGUUCAACAUCAGGGUGUCUGCUCCAGAGAAGUGAAUUGUGAGUGUAACAACUGUGGGAAAGCUUUUAGAGAAAUCUUUAACCUCAUUCGUCAUAGGAGAGUUCACAGUGCAGAAAAGCCAUAUGAGUGUAGUGAUCGUGGGAAGUUCAUCCUAAAGUCCAAACUCAUUCAACGACACAAAGGCCACACUGGAGAAAGGCUAUACGAGUGUCAUGAUUGCAGGAAGUCCUUCAAUCAAAGCAGUACCAUUGCUCAACACCAGAGAAUUCACACUAGAGAAAAACCUUAUGAGUGUAGUGAAUGUGGGAAAUCUUUUACCCGCAAUAAUAACCUCCUUAUCCACAAGAGAGUUCACACUGGUGCAAAACCUUAUGAGUGUAGUGAAUGUGGGAAAUCUUUUACCCGCAAUAAUAACCUCCUUAUCCACAAGAGAGUUCACACUGGUGUAAAGCCAUAUAAGUGUAGUGACUGUGGGAAGUCAUUUACACACAGUUAUACCCUCAUUCAACACCACAGAGUUCACAAUGGAGGAAAUCUGUAUGAGUGUAGCGAUUGUGGGAAGUCCUUCAAAAAAAGGUCUAACUUCAAUGAACACAGCAGAGUCCACACUGGAGAAAAGCCCUAUGAGUGUUCUGAUUGUGGGAAGACCUUCAGUAAAAGCAGUAACCUCACUCGACACAAGAGAGUUCACAGUGGUAAACCUUAUGAGUGUAGUGAAUGUGGGAAAUGUUUUACCUGCAGUAAUCACCUUCUUAUCCACAAGACAGUUCACACUGGAGAAAAGCCAUAUGAGUGUCGUAAAUGUCGGAAGUCCUUUAGGCAUAGCAGUACCCUCACUCAACAUCAGAGAGUUCAUAGUGGAGGAAAGCCCUAUGAGUGUUCUGAUUGUGGGAAGUCCUUCAGUAAAAGCAGUAACCUCACUCGACACCAGAGUAUUCACAGUGGUGCAAAACCUUAUGAGUGUAGUGAAUGUGGGAAAUCUUUUACCCGCAAUAAUAGCCUCCUUAUCCACAAGAGAGUUCACACUGGUGUAAAGCCAUAUAAGUGUAGUGACUGUGGGAAGUCAUUUACACACAGUGAUAUCCUCAUUCAACACCACAAAGUUCAUAAUGGAGAAAAUCCGUACGAGUGUAGCAAUUGUGGGAUGGCCUUCCAAAGAAGGUCUAACCUCAAUGAACACAACAGAGUCCACACUGGAGAAAAGCCCUAUGAGUGUUCUGAUUGUGGGAAGUCCUUCAGUAAAAGCAGUAACCUCACUCGACACAAGGGAGUUCACAGUGGUGAAAAACCUUAUGAGUGUAGUGAAUGUGGGAAAUGUUUUAGUCAGAAAUAUAGCCUGGUUAGACACGUAAGCCUUCACACUGCAGAAAAAGCCUCCAAUAUGCAGGGAAUGACAUAUUUUCUCUCUCAGUUUUACAACACUGAAGGAGAUUCCUACAGACCCAUUUAGCUGAUAUUAGACCCCUUUUUAUCAGAACAUACACUAUACUAGAUUCCUCCUAAGUUUCAGCUAUAAGUGAGCCUUUAAAGUGUUGCAUUGCACUUGCUAUCCUACCCAGGCCUACUACCUAAUUGAUGUCACUGUGAGUAUAUGUGGCUGAAAGUAAUUCACUUUUACCACCUGGUUCACCUGAACAGUGUGUGCCUCUGGGGGGAAGUCAUUUAUUUAGUUCUCUACCCUCAUUCAACAUCAGAACAUUCAUGCUGGAGAAAAGCUAUGUGUGUGUACUGAUUGUGGGAACUCCUGUGUGCUCAGAAAAAUGAAUUCUGUAUUCUUACUUCUGUUUGAGGUCAUGAUGAGAAUUCCGAGGUUUUAGGAUCAUCACUCCUUUGUCUCUAAGGAAUGGACCUAACCAUUGUUUCCCCCAGAACACCAUCCUAAGAUGCACUAUGCCAGUGGUUCUCAACCUUCCUAAUGCUGCAACCCUUUAAUAUAGUUCCUCA